UUCUGUCAUUAAUAUUCAGGUUAUGUGAUUUUAACCUAUUAAUCUGGUUCGAUUUUUAAUGUUUUCAUAUUCUGAAGUAAUUCUAUUUUCUAAAAAUGUCCGGAUCACUUAUACCAACGAAAGCGUCCCUUUUGAAAGGGUUACAAAAAGUAGAAGAAGUAACCUUCGUGAGCCACAAAUCAAAAAAGAAAUCGGAGACUGUUCAAGAAAAUCAUGGCAAAGAAGAAAGUACUACAAACUACUUCAAUAUCAAGAAAGCUAAAAAUGAAGUAAUCAAAUUCGCUUUGACAAAUCUUGAAGGACAGGAUAAACGAAAAGCUACGAUGCAACUUGCUAUCAAAUUAGGAGCUAAACCACCAAGAAAGAAAUUUAGGAACUACAAGACCGUGUUAGAAGAGAGGAAGAAAGAAAAGUUGAAUGAAGAAUCAAAAGCUUAUUUGCAACAAAUAGGAAAAAAUUCUAUUGGCGAGUCCAUGACUAAGACUAACUUAGCUAUGAAACAUAAAAAGUUCAAGAAAAAACCCAAAGAUAUCUUAGAUAUUUAUGGGAAAGUUAAAAAAGUUGUGGAAAAAUGAAGUAUGUGUACAGUUGACUUAUUUAUUAGUAAGUAAACUGAAGUGAUAGUUGGGAAAUAUGCCUCAAUUUACCUAUUUAUAAGGUAUAUGUAAAUAUUUUUGUAAUUAAAUUAUUCUUUUCGAUUA